UUUAUGUAAACACUUCAAAGUGAUAAUAUAUAUCCUACCUUCCUCUCACAAAAAAAAAACCUGCAGCGGGGAGAUUCUCUAAAAAAAAAAAAAGGGCAGUGGGGAGAAGGAGGAGAAAGCAUCUCUCAGGCGGCGGCGUGUUCCUCAUCUCCCCCACCCCAAGCAGGCGCCGUCUAUCAAUCCGAUCUGCAACAUGGAGUUUGGUUCGAUCGACGGAGGCGCCGGAGUAACGUCGGGGGCAUCAGGCAGCGGGCCGUCCGCCACAUCCGCGACGGCCGGCACGUCCGCGACGGCUGCGAGGCGGAGGACGCCCGGGCGAUGGAGGAGGAUCCCACGCGCCAUCGUUCCUAAACAGAUAACUCUGCUGGAGGAGAUAACUAUGCUGGAGGAGAUAAAUCUGCCGGAGGAGGUAAGGCGGGCUCUGCCUCCUCUUCUGCCGGAGGAGGUAUGGAGGGCUAUGCCGGAGGAGGCAAGGAAGUCGAGGGAGGAGGUGGUGAGGGCGACACAGGCCAGGCUCAAGGAUAUGAGGAGGUUUGAGGAAGAGAAGAAAACUCUGCCGACUUUCAUGGCUGAGGGGUAUGAUCCGUCUCCGUCCACCUGGUGUCUGCAUGAGGCAUGGGCGGACCAGGGUGGUCUUCUAAGGACGGUUCCCACUCUUCCCAUUCAUGUGAUGCGUGAAGGUUCAAGAGACUGUGAGGAGGCAGAGGAGGAGUCGAACCGUAAUCUGUUGGAGCAAGCUAGACUCUUGGAGGAAGAGGAUGAGGAUCUCUGUGACACGGAGGAGGCCAAGAUUGCUUUCCGUGCUUUCAAGGUCAAGUUUGCUGCUUUAUACCGCAGCCUGGCUGGCACUAAGCCUGUGUUCAUAUAUGACCCACCCAGCGACACAAUUGAGGAGCACUUGACGGCUAAGGAGAUGGAGAGGCAAGCAGAUAUUUCUGGAUGGCCAGUUUGCUCUCAGGCACAACACUUUGCCACUCUUGCUUUGGAGUGGUACAACUCUACCAAGAAAACGCAUAAGUUUGAGAUUGCAAAGGUGUUGUUCUCUAAGUGCUUCACCGACGUAGAUCACAACACAUAUGCCCACGUGAACUUCACUGCGACCCCCACCUCAGACUCACACUUGCCUAAGAGGUUGUUCUUCGCUGAGCUCAUGCUGGUUCCAAAUCUUCAGGCGUGUAAGGAUACUGAUCCUAUACGUGUCCUCAGUGUAUCUGCCAUCGAUGACUCUUGUUUCGGUGGGUGUCAUGAGAUGGUGAGGGACAUUAAGGUUGCAAUAAGGAAGGAUAUGGAUUAUGAGCGCUGUCAUGCAUGCAGCGAGCGUAUCAAACAUCCAAGAGGCGAUCAGUUUGUUGCUGGCCAUAACCGCACGAGGAUGCCUUAUGUCAGCACGUUUCCGUGGACACCUGAGUCAGAGUAGUUUGGUGCUGCCAUGCAUGCAGUGAGUGUAAUAAAAAUCCAAGAGGCGAUGAGCUUGUAGCUAGCCACAACCGUACGAUAUGUCAACAUGUUUCUGUGGACAUACUUGAGAUAGAUCCUCUAAAUGUGCUCUGCCUUGAUAUUUAAUAUUGUACUAUGUUCUGGACCUAAGAUCAGUAUGUGUUAUUGAAUUUCAUACAUAAAAUAGACCUUCUAAAUGUGUUAUGCCAAUUUAUUUAAUAUAUUUUGCUA